UCCUGCUAAGGUUGGAGUUCAUAGGUAACAGGACACAGUCAACUUGUGCUUCUUAUCGUCCCACUUUUGUUGUUUUUGUGACACAACCUGAAUAUUUUGGGGUAGGUUUUUUUUUGUGAGAUGAAGCAGUCCCUGAUGUCCUGCUGUGCGGCUCAGUUGCAGUGGAGGCCAGUUCAGCCGGCGGCCGGGGGUCAAAGGUCAGGGCCGGCUCAGGUGACCACGUGACCCCGCCCCUAAUUGACUCACAAAUGUGUCGGCCCGUGAAGUCGAUAGGACGCAAGCCUGGACUUGACCCGCCAUCACCGCCAUCCGCACGCCGCCCUCGCCAUCAUCCCGCCUCCCCAGGGGGCGUCGCCCGCUGUCGCCCUGCACACUGUGGAGGACAACACUCUCAUCCUCUCAUCCUCUCAUCCUCUCAUCCUCCGCUUUCACCUGAGGAUAAUUGGCUGCUGACUCAUCAUGGGACUGUUCUCUUGCAGGAGGAGGAGGAGGAGAAGAAAGAGAAGAAGGAGAAGAAGAAGGAGGAGGAGGAGAAGAAAGAGAAGAAGGAGAAGAAGAAGGAGGAGGAGGAGAAGAAGAGUAAGCAGGAGAAGAGGAAGGACAAGAAGAAGAGGAAGGAAAAGAAAGACCAGAAGAAGAGGAAGGAGAAAAUGGAGAAGAAGAGGAAGAAGAGGGAGAGGAAGAAGAAAAAUAAGGGGAAGAAGAAAAGAAAAGGGGAAGGAGAAGAAGAAGAUGAAGAAGGAGAAUAUGAAGGGGAAGAAGAAAAGAAAAGGGGAAGGAGAAGAAGAAGAUGA